AUGGCAGGUGAAGAUUGGAUAGAACUCAAGUUUAGACUUUCAGAUGACAAAGAAAAUACUCCAAAGACUGUAAAUGACGUGAAACUCAUCAAUGCCGGGAAAAUACUGGAGAACAAUAGGACAAUUGGCGAGUCUAGGCUUCCGAUUGGUGAACUUCCUGGGAUGAUCAUCACUAUGCAUGUUGUUCUCCGCCCUCCUACUUUAGACAAAAAGAGCGAAAAACUGCAGAAUGAUCCACCGAUAAAGAAUCGCUGCUUGUGCACCAUUUUGUAG